AUGUUUCGAUGUGAUGAAACAGGAAUAAGGGGGCUUGCAGACACGAUCAGAAAGAACUCAAUUUCUUUGAAAGAGAUAGAAGCUACUGGUGUGGAGUCAGUGAAGAAAGCUGUCCUCGCGGGCUUAGCCGAUGAACUCCAAGGAACGGAGGCUGACCAUGAAAUCGAAGACGCCAUAGAACAGUGUCAGAAAAAUCUCAGGAAGAACGAUCUCUACGGGCAACUACGGAAUUGUUUUCCACUGAAUCUCCGUAAUCCGCAUAAGUUCAAGAGGAAGGGGUCGGCGAGCAAACAGCAAUUGAGACAGUUCUUGGAAGAAUUGGUGAACGUUUUUCCAAGAGGUUUUAUCGGAGAGAAGAACUCCAAAAUGCUGCUGGAUAGCGUACUCAAUGAAGUUACUGCUUGGAAGUCGACGACGGCGCUGAAGAUUUUUACUAAAGGUCUACGUGUACUCGAAUGUAAGGAGAAGCAUUUUCCACUAGGCAGUUUUAUCUGA